CCACAACCAAGUGCUCAAGAUGGACUCUCACAAUAUCAUGAUGGUGAUGCUUCAAGCUUUCUAUGUCUCGCAAGAUGAUGAGCAACGCCUACCCGGCUCGGAAGCUCAAGCACCAGCUCAAGCCAGCACCAGAUCCUCAAGACUCGAGUAUUUUAUGAAUGCAAUAAAAGAGGAUGUCUCGGACGACAUGCUUCUCCGGACGCCUCCACCCUCUCGUCCCGAAAGCCCCUUCUCUGAGGCGGAUCUGGAUUCAUAUCCGAUCCUGACCUCGAGCCCCGGCUCCAGCCCCAGACGUCGUCCCUUGGUGCGUGUCCGCUCCAUGCCCGCCAUCCCUAAUGUCGCUGGCUCUUACAUGAAUGGGAGAUUCUCUUCCACGGGUACUGCAGCCACAGGCGGGGAUGGAGCCGCCACCAAGCUACCCCUCCCCACAAGCCUGCAGACACCCACACAGGCCUCUGCUCCGAACAGGGUAACCAAGGCUUCCUCCCAUAUCCAGCACAAGUCAUCUCGAGACGGAGAGUCCGCCAUGCUCGCGCGGGGGACGUUCAUGGAACAGGCGGCGUAUGCACGGCGUAUGGCAAAGCUUGCCAGGAGGCCGCAACCUACAGCGCGGCUGCAGGAGAGGAGAAUGGCCAACGGGAACAGGAGGAAUCUCACCAGACUCUGGUUACUGGAACAGCAACUAAUCGCACAGGUUCGCCCAAUGGAUGCAUCGUGGAGAAUAAGGGACCCGGGAUAUGGGUUGAACGAAUCUUCUGCGGCCGCGGGGGCCGACGGCGGCGUGCCCCCUUUGCCUUUGGAUUUGGCGAUGGAAGAGGACGGAUCUUCUGGCUACGGUCAGGUCUAG